GGUGCGGUGACCGGGCUCCUCUCUGCGGCCAUGGAGCCGGGCAGCUCCCCGCUGCUGCCCCCGGGGCUGGCCACCCUUCCGCCCCCAGCUCCGGCGCUGCCCGUGCCCCCCGCCUUCCUCCGCCCGCCCAGCCUCUUCUUGCGGGCAGCGGCCGCCGCGGCUGCAGCCGCCGCCGCCACUGGCGGCUCCAGCCCCUGCUGCCCGGAGCGCGGCGCCUGCUCGCCGCGGACCCCGAAGUGCGCCCGCUGCCGCAACCACGGCGUGGUGUCCGCGCUCAAGGGCCACAAGCGCUUCUGCCGCUGGCGGGACUGUGCCUGCGCCAAGUGCGCGCUGAUCGCCGAGCGCCAGCGGGUCAUGGCCGCGCAGGUGGCGCUGCGCCGGCAGCAGGCGCAGGAGGAGAGCGAGGCCCGGGGCUCCAGCACCUCCUCCAGCAGCGCCCGCCCGCCGCCCGCGGGAGGCGGCGCUGAGCCUGGCGGCCACGGGCCGCGGAGCUGCCGGGCGGGCGCCGGCGUGCGGGGCCGCGAGCGCGGAGCUCCAGCCGGGGAGAAGAGGUGGGCGAGGCUGCGGGGCGGGCGGCGCAGCGCGUGGGGCCGGGAGCGGACCCGCAGCCGCGCCGGAAUCCUGGCCCCUCUGCGGCAGAUCCUGGCUUCAGCGUGGCCACGAUUUCCCCUCCCCGGCUACUGUGUACAUAUGCAACUGUUGCAUAAAGAGCAGGUGCAGAAGUAUGAAUCGUACUUCAGGGUGUUGGAAGGUCCUGUAGUCCUAUCACAUCCUCCUCCCCUGAUAACUUCGCCUGAGUCAGCAGAAGCUAGUGGAAGCUAUAGAGUGAAGUCGUCUGGCCUGGAAAUCUCAGAAAAGGGAGAGACUGUUCAGUGUCCUAAUCUGGAGCAGCAGUUGGAAGGUGUUGAAAGUUCAGGAUCCCCUUCUUCUUCAGACAUGGAAUCAGGAAAUGAAAGUGAAUGGUCCAAGGAUUUUGCUGCCUCCAGUUCCAGUCCGCCUGCUGCUGCUUCAAGCCAAAAAGACCCACUUGGCAUUCUCACCAAAGUCUUUCCUAGUCAUAAACGAAGCAAGCUGGAGAGUAUCCUGCAGUUCUGCAAAGGAGAUGUGGUCCAAGCCAUAGAACAGAUCUUGAAUAGGAAAGAGAAUAAACAAAAUGUCAAAGACUUUGCAAACCCAUCUAGGUCUGAACUUAGUGCCUUACAGAGAGCCUCUAAUUUUAGCCUCACAGGAUUAGGUGUUGGAGCAUUUGGCAAUACAUCAGCUUUCUCCCCUCUUCAAACUAGUUCUACAUCAUUUGGAAAUGCAACAAAUCUUUAUGGCCUAAACCCUAGACUGGGGAUUAGCCCUCUAAAACUGGCUUAUUCCACCCCUGGAAGAGGGCUGCCUGGAUUUAUGUCACCCUACUUAACACCUGGACUGGUUCCAGCUUUGUCUUUUCACCCAGCAAUGGACUACUCCUUUUCAGGAGUGAUCAAGGAUGCUUCUUACUUUCCGAGUAAAGAGUCAGUCACUAGCAGUGGAAUUUACUCAAGGCUAAAUCAAGAAAACCAGUAGUGCCUUUAGCAUAUUCCCUUUCGCAAUGCACUCCCAAAAUAUGCAGCUGUGAUGACAUCUGGACUAGUAUGUCAAACCUCAAAGGAUGCUUUAAUCCCACAGUCCAUAGAAUAUUAUAUUAGAGGUGGCAGAACAGUUCCUUUUUAAAAGAACACAACGAGACUUUGUACACCUUUUGAAUGUUUUUUAAUUUUAAUGUAGAAUGGCUUGCAAAACUAAAAUUUUUAAGCAAAAAAGAAAAUACUUUAAAUUAUGUAUUUUUCCAUCCAGAAUAUCUGCUGUGAAGAGCUGGUUUAAAAAUUAGCACUGAUUUUAAAACUGAGUUUUUUAUUAUACAUAUAUUUUGUUUGUAUACGGUCUUCAAAUUGUUUUGAAAAUGAAACAAUAGCUAGGAUACAUUUGUUUGUGAACAGAAAUAGAUAGAUUCUAAAGAACAUCCAUUAUAACUUUCCUCUCCCUUUUAAAAAAUAUUUAAUCAACUUUGUGUAUUUAGUCUCCAAAGCCAAUGAUGCAAACAAAAAUAAGACCAAGACUUUAAAAAAUGAGUCCUUAAUGUUAAGUUGAUAAAUCCUGAAAUAAGCAGCCUGAUUUUCAAAAGAUCUUACUGAAGUAAACAGGGGUUGCUGAGUGCUCAGUACUUUUGAAAAUCAGGCUCUUCAUAUAGGUGUCAAAGGCCCUGAUCCUGCAAAAAUGUAUGCACAUACUUAAUUUUGCAUACUGAGAAUAGCCCCAUUUAGAUUAUAGUGCUUGAUUGUCAAUUGAUAAAUCAGCAUAGCUCAGUUGAAGUCAAUAGAACUCUGCUAAGUCAGCUGAGGAUCUGGCCCAUAAAGUUAAGGAUGUGUGAAAAUUUUUGCAGGAUCGGGGCCUAAAUGUGGAUGUAGGAGCCUGAUUUUAGGCAUCCAUUUUUAAUAGUGUUGGUCCAAAUGUAAAAACUACUUCAGCGUGGGGAUUUGAAUUUCUGAAGAUCAGUCCUUUGAACUACACUUAAUAGAACCCAUACUUUGGGUUGUAUUUUGGAUUUAUUUUAUUUUAUUUUUUGUAUUGUGGAUUUUUUCAUUCAUAAAAUUCUUCUCAAAUGAUGACAGCAA